GAAGAAGACUGAGAGAGGAGAGGAUCAGCCGAGGCAGUACCGGGCUACGGCCCUUAACCACCACCACCACUACCACCAGCUCGAAGAUAUAGUGAAAAUAACGUAAAAAGAAACACAGGAGGAGGUUAUAACGUUACGCACAAGAGAUAAAGUACUUCGUUACGUAAAUCCACAAGCUUUCGGUAUUUUUGUUGGAUUUCGUUAGUAUUUUUGUGAGUUUUUGAAGGAAAUUGGCAAGAUGGAAGCGUUUGCGAGGACUCUUACCACACUACCCCGCCUGACUUCAAUGACGUGUGGGUACUGUUGCCAGCACAUCGCGCACUCCAGCACCACCACGCCCACUACCCAGUACACCUGCCCCGGCACCCACCACGCCCUGCCGCCCACGCCCACCACUACGCCGCCCCGCAAGAUCAACAGACGCACUGAGCUGGACUUCGAGGAGCUGAGAGCGCUACAGGUGGCUGGAGACAUCGCGCUUAUUGACGUCAGAGAUUCAACGGAGAGGGAGAACUAUGGGGGAAUUCCUGGCUCUCUCAAUAUCCCACUGUGCAAGAUCAAGGUGGCGCUGCAGCUGUCACAGGAGGACUGGAUCAGGGAGUUCAACAUCGAGAAGCCAGAUUUGCAGGACCGGAACCUUGUCUUCUACGCCCGCGGCCCCAACGCCUCCAGUACUGCCGUGGAGAUAGCACACAGGCUGGGCUACAAGAGAUCAAGGCACUACACAGGCGGGUGGGAGGACUACUGCCAGAAGACCGGCCUGCCCCUGAAGAAGUCACAGGAUAAGGGCUUUGUCAACUACUACCCCAACAAUUUUGACCAGUACUUCCUCUAAACUGGUGAAGGAAACUUGGCUUACCUCCUCUGCACCACCAUCACUACUACUACUACUACUACUACUACUACUAUCACCACCUUUACUAGCACUAAAUAGAGGGUUGUACUGAGUGCCAUGGUUGUAUUUGAUGAUGAUAAUGCAUGAUGGGAGUAUUGCACUGUUUUGUAGGUGUUGGUGGUUGUUGAGGGGUAAGGUUGUACUCUGGAGGAGGAGGAGGAGGAGGGGUGGUGAUGAGAUAUGACUUUGUAGGAGGAGGAGGGGUGGUGAUAAAGAGAUAUGAUUAAAGAAGGAGGAGGAAGAGAAAUAACAUGUGUAAGGAGAUGGAGUGAUAAGUAAGGUUGAUUUAGAAGGAAGAGGAGUAAUGAGGCAAGGAGAAAGGAGCAGAAGAAUGAAUAAGAAGAAAGCUAGAGGAGGAGGAGGAGGAGAAAAAAAGAAUAACGACUUGUGACUUUUUGUUGAUUAAUGACAAAACCAAUCUUUACUUUGCCAUUCGCACGCAUAAUGUUAGUUAGUUAGUUAGUGUUGACGUCUUGAGUUGUGAGGCUCCAGGGCCGCCACAUGAGACAGGCUGAUACUUGUGCAGUGUUACCAAUUCAGUCAUUAUUAGAUGUGACCACUGACCAGUACCAGUGCUUGAUUGUGAACACACACACACACACACGAGGUCUUAGUAGGUGAGUGUGGAUACAGAAAUAUAUGAGUUGAGAAAAGGGAGCAAUGAUGGAGAAAAGGAAGAGAAGUAAUGAAUGAGAAAUACAAGACAGGAAUUUUCAGUACUAGCAAGGAAUACAAGAGUGAGUGUAGGUGAACAUAAAAGCAAGAGCUCUUGGUAGUGAUUGAGUUAAACAGAGCAGCUAGUUCCAUGAGAUACAGGGGGUGAGGGGACAGAGGGGUGAUGCAAGGUGGUGAGUAGAGAAAGGACACACUGGGGUAAGAAAUAUUGUAAGGGAAGGUUCAGAAGUGGAGUGGUGAGGGGAAGAGGUGAGGUAACUGGAGAGAGAGCUGCCCUGUUUGUUUGUAGUGAUGAUAGGGAGGAUAAAUAGGGGUUUUUAGCCAUAGGUACUUGAGUUAGGGACUGUUUGGCACCUAUACAGACCUAUUGAAACAGAUACACCUGCCGUUGACACACAUACACAUGCACAUACAUACGUCCCCUUCAGACAAGUUCACACACACAUACACAGGCUAGGUAGUGUAUCUCCACAGGUAUACACAGGUGGUGAUGGUGUCAAGUUUCCGUCACCUUAGAUGGAAAAGUGUUGCCAUCACCGGCCACUACACACCACCACACCACAAACAAAGCCAUCCACACACACACACACACACACACACACACACACACACACACACACACACACACACACACACACACACACACACACACACACACACACCACCACUUACCAUAAUCAAAGCCCAUCCACACACCAGGACACAGACACCACACCACCACCACAAUCAAGCCAUCCACACACCAGUAAAUGGAGUAGAAGCCUUACAAAAUCACCAUUGAUGAGAGCUGGACUUCAUCAAUGUAACAAAAAAUAAAAAGAAUAAAAGAAAACCAUAAAAAAAGCAGCAAAAAUGAAGUGACAAUGGGAAAAAAUGUUUUAUACUUUCUUAUCAAUCAUUAGUUUGAGAAAUGUAUUGAGGUGAAGUCUGAUUUCCUUCAUGUAACACUUCAGGAUGUGGUUCAAUGCAACAAUAGUAGUGUGUAGGUUGUUACUUAGACAUUUGUAGCCUUGCCUUGACCUUGUAGUGUGUGUGUGUGUGUCCCAAGACCCUCGGCCUGAUUGAGAGAGAAGUAGGUGGUGUGAUUGUUAGAACUGCAAUAGAGAGGUAGAAAGUGAGUUUGUGUGUGAGAGAGGGAGAGAAAAUGAUUAGUUUGUAGUUGCAUUUAGAGGUGUGUAAAUUAGAGAGAUUGUUCUCUAGUGAGGGAGUGGUGAAAGUGAAAGAAUAAUAUGGGGGUUAUUUUACAGAUUUUUUCUGAAUGAAUGAGUGAGAGAAAAUAGUGUAGUUGAUUAGAAAGAAGUGCAAGUUAGAGAAGAUAAUUGAUUGUGAGUGUGUAUGUUUAUGAGAUCAAUGUAUUAAAUGUGUGGAGUUUGAGCUAGUGAGUGAAUAGUUCAUCGAUGUGUGUGUGUGUGGUGAUUGAUGAGUGAAUGAGCAAGAGAUCAAGAAACAGUAUAUCACAUUGUAGGGUUCGGUGAUUGGGACAAUUGGUAGGGAACUAAGAAAUAUAAAUAAAAAAACACAAUUGUUGUCUUAGUACUGGUGUGAGAGAAUGUGGUGAUGUCCACACUGCCACAGAACACACACGGCACCACAGUUUCCUUAUAUUUUUGACAUUGGUGCUUAGGGGCAAUACUGUAGCGCAUAAGGCAGACUGUGUUAAACUGAACUAGAUGAAGGCUGUGGUGAUCGGCUGAUGAAUACAAUGACUGUUUAUUGUCCAUACGUACAAAGUAUAUAAGGAGAAUACUAAAAAAAAAUUACGGUGCGUGUAGAUCCUUUUUAUUAUUAGGAAGCCAUUGCUGUGAGUGUUCUGUGGGCAUUUCUAAAUGAUAAAAGCAAAUGUGACAAGGAAUCUCUUUUUCAAGUAUCAUGUUUGUAGUAUAGACUGUUAUCCUUGUCCUGUUAGUCAGUCAAGUAGGCAGAUCCACUUCAUUCAGAUCAUGGAACAUUUUGAGGGUAGCCAGUUUUCCGAGCCAAGCCGAGAGAAGUGUGGCUUGCGUCUCUUUAUGUUUUAUCGUUUAAGUUGACGGUAGAGAGAGACAGAGAGCGCAGACACCCACAGAGCACUUGGUAUUUGUUUUGAGUGCGCUGCGAGAGUCUCCGUUCUCUGGUGCUGGCUGGCCGUAGAGUCUGGCCUAGAAAUAAAUAAUGGGCCAGACUGCACUGCUAGACAUACCUGGAGGGAGUCAACACUGCCACUUGCUGGUGCCUUGCUGCUCUGCCCUUGCUAUGUGAAAGGAUAUGCUCGUGUUCCGUUUAUCGCAGCGAGGCACCACAGAAGGCAGGUGUUGGCCGAGCGAUGGAUCCUGGCUACUUAAUAAAUGUUUAAAGUAUUA